AGUGGUAGGUGUGGGCGUAAAUCUACUUGAAUUUUUUAGUUCACAACAGCUUUUAGAAAAGCAUCUACGAUGGCAGAACAAGCAGAAAACCCUUUUUCACCUGCAGAUCUGGAAAAACUUUUGAAGGAAGAAUCAUCCAACAGUGAAGCUGAAGGAUGGCAUUUUGUAAAACGAACAGAAUUCUUGGAAAUAUGGAAAAAAGAUGAUCCAGGAACACCAAUCAAACUUAUGAAAUCAUUUGUCCAGUUUCCAGGCAUAUCACCUGAUGAUUUGAUUGAAAUGGUAUUCAAUUUUGAAAUUCGCCGAAGAUGGGACAAGAACUUUUCCACAAUCGAAAUUGUUGAAGAAAAAGCAGACUACAAACUAGUAUACUGGGUGUAUAAAAUGCCUAUAGGAGUGUCUGAUAGAGAUAUAGUUCAAUACAUGAAGAAAGGAAAAGAUGAAGAUAAAAACCUCCAGUAUGUAAUAUACAAGGAUGCUAUUGAUGACAGAAAACCAGAAGUACCUAAAGUUGUGAGGGCAAAGACCAUUCUCUCUGGUCUCAUCGUACGCCCAAUGGAAGAUGACCCUAAAUCUACUAAAGUGUCGUUCUUCGCACAAGUUGAUCCAAUGGGACUUUUACCAAAGUCAUUAACGAAUCUGUUUGCAGGUAGUGCACCAACAGACUUCCACGAGGCUGUGACAAAGUUUUAUCGUGAAGAGUAUUCAAAAGAGAAGGCCUUUCUAAAGUCCUGUUAUUUUAAUUAUAGCUCCAGUAGCUAUAAACAGGCGUAUUGCAAAAGGAAUAGUCUACAAAGAAAAAUGGCCCAAUCUUCUGAGCAUAGUCCAUUUACUGAUGGUGACCUCCAAAGAUUAAAGCUGGAAGCUGCCUCCAAUGAAGAAAGUGGAUUUGAAUUCUUUAAGAAAACAGAUCAUGUAGAACUGUGGAGAAGACCUACCGAAGAAAGUCCAAUUGGUUUAGUAAAGGGGUUUCUUCAUUUUCCAGGCAUUCCAGUGGAAACUGUUUUCAAAUUGAUUGUUGACAUUGAACUGAGACGCGAAUGGGAGAAACAGAUACCAGUUCUUGAAGUGCUAGAUGAUAAUUCAAGCUAUAGAACAAUUUACUGGUUAGUGAAAACACCUGUAGGAGUAAGUGAUAGGGAUUUUGUUCAGCACAUGACACAUGGCUCUGAUGAGGAGGGUACAAAGUAUAUUUUAUAUAAGAAUGCUGUUCACCCCAGCAGACCAGAAAGAAAAGGCAUAGUCAGGGCAAAAACAAUAUUCUCGGGGACACUGAUCUAUCCUGACAAGACAGAUCCAAACUCAACAUGUAUGACAAUGUUGAUUCAAGAUGAUCUCAAGGGAUACGUACCAAAAGCUGUUGUCAAUUACUUUUAUUCUAAAGCACCAAUAGUAUGGCAUGAGAACAUUACUAGCUACUAUGAGAAAGUAUACAGCAAAAAGGAUAGAACUUGAAAAGUUAAUUUAUUUAAUAAUAUUAAUAUUUUUGUAUUCAUUCAUAAAACAAUACAAUAUUAACGAUAAA